AUGGCGGCGCGAGUGCUGUUAAGAACGGCGGGAAAGCACGUGAAAACGAGGGGCUUCCAUUCUGGACACCAGCUGGGGAAACUGGUGCAGUACAACCUGACGGACAUUGGUGAAGGCAUCAAAGAAGUCACAGUGAGGAAUUGGUUCGUGAAGGAAAACGAUGAAGUGAAACAGUUCGAUGACAUUUGUGAGGUGGAGAGUGAUAAGGCUACGGUGAGCAUCACCAGUAGGUUUGAUGGGAAGGUUACUAAACUGCAUUACCAGGUAGGAGAUCUCGCCUUCGUGGGAAAACCUUUGGUAGAGAUUGACGUGGAAGACGAUGGUAAAGAGUCAGAGGAGUCAGUGAAGAAAAUUGAAGAGCCAGAGAAAGUGAAAGAACCAGUGAAGAUAGUGGAAGAGCCAGUGAAGAACGUAGAUGAGAAAAGUGUUGAAGAAGUAUUCGUUACGGAAAAUCCUGAAGAAUCUCCAUACUCUGAGAAGAACUGGAAUAAAUCUCUAGCUACUCCCGCUGUCAGAAGAAUCGCGAUGGAGAACAAAAUAAAACUCAGUGAUGUGAAAGGUACGGGUAAAAACAGUAGGGUUAUGAAAGAGGACAUUUUAGCGUACUUAAAUCAAUCUAAAAAUACUACAACUACAAAGACUGCUUUAACCACCGUUCAAAAAGCAAUGAACAAAACAAUGACAGCAGCUUUGAAAAUUCCUCAGUUUGGAUUUUCAGAUCAAAUAGACGUCACAAGAUUAGUGCGGUUUAGAAAAGAGGCGAAAGAAUUUGCGGAGAAGAAAGGUGUGAAAUUGACGUUCCUACCGUUUUUCAUCAAAGCUAUAUCGAAAGCGUUACUACAAUAUCCUGUUUUGAAUUCAACUUUUGAUUCAGAAAAGGAGGAGAUUGUCUAUAAACAUUUUCAUAAUGUUGGCGUCGCUGUUGAUUCACCCGGUGGACUUCUCGUUCCAAAUGUGAAGAAUGUUGAAAGUUUGUCUAUAAUAGAAAUUGCGCGGGAGUUAGACAGACUGAAGGAUUUGGCGGGUAAAAUGAAAUUAUCACCAGCUGAUUUGGCAGGAGGGACUUUUACCAUUUCCAACAUCGGGAACCUCGGAGGUACAGGAUCUUCACCGGUCAUACUACCUCCUCAGGUGGCCAUCCUUGGAAUCUGCCAGAUACAAAGACUUCCCAGGUUCAACUCCUCAGGGGCUGUCGUCCCAGCUGACAUUCUGAUCGUCAGUUGGUCAGCUGAUCAUAGAAUCAUAGAUGGAGCUACCGUCGCUAGGUGUACAGAAGUAUUCAGACACUAUCUUCACAACCCUUCUACCCUUUUGUUGGAUUUGUGAAAGUGAAUUGGAUUUAGAUUGAGUUCGAAACGAAAAAUUGAUAAAGUUAUUUUACAGUGAAAUGUGGCUCAAAGGUAAUUUGUGAAAUGUAAGUAUGUACAUAUUUUGUGUGAGAUGUACCCUUUUAAAAUAAAUAUAGGGUUUCUUCUAAAGGUUAACUUAAUUUUAUAUACUUCUUGGAUAGGCCAAAAGUUACAAGGCACCUCUUUUUUAUUUAAAAACUAAUUUAAAUUUAA